GCUCUGAUUAGGUACUUCCAUAAUCGGAGCUAAGGUUAUCCGGGAAGUCAAGCCACAUGGGGCGAUGCAUCUUUAGCUUGACCAAUGUUACCUACUGCCAAUCGAACCCGGCUCGGUAACAUCUUCAAUUUUGACGUCGCGAAUUUCAACCGAAACUCUAUUCCUCACCUUCUAUCUCCCGUAAUUGAACCACUCGCGUGUCAAUUGAAUUCGAUAUUCACGAUGCGACCUACUCAAGCUCUUAUGGGUGGUGGCGAGGGCCCCAUCGGCAGACAUGGAAAGUUCCUGGGCGGCUGGGGCAACUUCGGUGAGUGAACCAUAUUCGAAUUCGAGCUGGGAUCGGUGUGAAUGUUAGAAAGAGUUGGAAUGCGUCUAUAAAAUGGAUGGAUGGAUGAUGUUACUGGGACAAUGGACUAGCUAUCGGGCACCGAUCGAAUAUUACGCAGAUUACGGACGUUAGAACGAUAUACUAACGAGGAGGAUUAUAGGUGGCAUGCCGCAAAAAGGUAUCAUCAGCUACACCCUGAGCGCAAACAGGCAGAACCCGCUCGCCGGUACCGCGCACGCUGCCAUCUUCAACACCUGGCGACGAUUCAGCGCACAGGUCCUCUACGUCGCUCCCCCCCUGAUCUUCUUCUACUACGCCAUGUCGUGGGCCACCGACCGAAACCACUACCUCAACUCUAAGGCCGGUCGCCAGGAGUUCGCUGGCGAAUAGAUGGGUCCUCGUAGAUAAUAGACAACGGAGGUUAAUCUGUCGUGUGUAGACAAGACCUUGUAUACCUACUAUCAAUAGACUAGAGCGCAAGAGCUACGAAUAUCCAAAUUCUCUUUUAUUUCUGA